AAAUUGAAAGAACCUCGUCAAGUGACAACAAUUGCAAUAGGUAAUGUGGACGAAGGCGAGUCGUCGGAUCUGGACAAGUCUGCUGGAGACGGGCAGGUCGUCUACGCCGAUGCAGACACAGGAGGGGUGUUGGUGACAGUUAGUCGAAAAGGUACCCGCUCUGUGUCGGCGGAUUCGCCACGAAAGACUCCUACCCCUGAGCCUUCGGUUCUCAGUCCGCCUACAAGUCAACCUAGUGCAGCCUCACGACUAGCUGCAGUUUCUGGUAAAAAGCCAACUUUCCUGAGUGUUGUUGAAGAUGCAAAGGGAAAAAAGAUCAUCAAUUAUUUGGAGCAUUUUAAGCAUGUUCGUCGAGCUGCCUCGGCUGCUGCUCGAACACGCGCUCCUUUGGACAUGCUUGAAAAAGCAGGACCACCGCCGUCAGUACUCGAUAAAGCUACAAAGAUGGGCUUGGAUUUCUCAACAGCAGUGGAAAAGUACAAGGAAUAUGUCGAAAGUGGGGCAGUGCAGAAGGAGAAACAUCGCUCUCAGACCCCACCGUUGAAGAGAAAAGAAAGUCGUUUUUCCAAAGCGGUAGAUAAUUGGAAGAGCAAUCGAGCCAGAAAGAAGUGGAAGCAGGUACUAGAUUCCGAUGAGGUAACAGCUGGAUAUGAGCUGGAUUUCCUACGUCUGAAGCAGAUGGAUUCCGAAGAUAAGGACUCAAUAGAUGGUGGUGUGAAGUUGUGGAUGGGAAAGGAUUACGUGAACUACAUUCAUAAGGACUUCAUCGAAGUGGAUUUGCCCUUUCAUGGUACGAUACUGUGGCUUUUAUUAAAGACAUGGAAGAGUAAGAGUAUCAUAGAGUCCACAUCCGUCAAAUGUGGUACAUGUAAGAAAAAGAAAGAUGACGCGAACAUACCCUAUCUCCUCCCGAAAAGCUACGAGAAUCUAAAGGUUCCCCGUGUGUUCAAAAAUCCAGCGUUCAGCUAUAACGUUGACAUUCAGUAUUUGGAAUUUUCUUUCCUUUGUUGUAUUUCUGAACUUAUUUGGUUUUCCAACUUUGAAACCCUUUCAUUGCAGCAUUUCAUCUAUAUUGAAAACCAGUUCUUUGUCUCAAUGAUCGAUUCGAACGAUGUGCUUAAUGAGAUCUGUAAAGUUAUCUGCAAUCGUGUGAUCAGAGCAUAUAAGGAAAAACAACCAUUUCGGGUUUACAUAAUGAUUCCGCUUCUGCCUGGUUUCGAAGGGAAUGUUGGGGCACCUGGAGGCUCCUCUUUACAAGCCGUUCUACAUUGGACCUAUCUUUCACUCAGUCGUGGCCCUAAUUCCUUAUUCGAGCGUUUGAAAGCGGUUGUUCCCAAUCCACACGAUUACAUCUCUGUGUGUUCUCUACGAGGAAAUGACAUCCUGUGUGGGAAACUGGUUUCUGAGCUGAUAUACGUCCAUUGCAAGCUGCUUAUAGUCGACGACGAACAUGUUAUAAUCGGGUCUGCUAAUAUCAACGAUAGAUCACAGGUAACAUUUCCCUCAUUCUGUUGGUGUGCUGUUGUGUUCUCGGGACACCCGAAACUGAGCAUCAAUAAUGAACGGGAAAGACCGUACGCAGCAGGAAAGUUUGCGAAAUCUCUUCGGGUUCAAUGCAUGCAGGAGCACUUGGGUUUGUUACCGGAUUCACGAAGUCCCUCUCAUUUCAAAUACGAUGUCUGCUUGGACGAUCCUGUGGCGGAGUCCUUUUUUGUUGACGUUUGGCAGAGCACUGCACGGUCAAAUAUGCUCAUUUAUGAAGAAGUAUUCCGGACAUAUCCAACCGACAACGUGGAAACCUUCGAAGAAUUUGAAAAAUGGACGGGGCAAAUGCCUCUUGCAGAGUAUUCACCACAGCAAGCUCAGGAGAAAGCUGAGGGACGUGAAUGGUGUCCUGGUGGAAUUCCCUUUGAAUUUCUUAUGCAAAGCGAAUCUUACGCCGGGAAUCACUUCAAAGGAAGGCCUUGUACCAAGUGCUGUAUUCACGUGAAGCUUUUUGCUCCCUGUCGCCACAAUUGCAGUCGUACCUCUAUGUACUUAUUGUCUAUGUGCAAGUAA